UAUUGAGUUGAUCUGGUAACACGUUAUGAAGAUGAAGUGAAAUUGCACUGUGCAUGUCAAAACAUUUUUGGUUGCAUUGUUCAAGGAAUUUAAUAUUCAAACUAGUAAAAAAAAGGUGUUUAGAAGGUAUUAACUAUAUAAAUUGUGUAAUAAGACUAGUGGAGUAUAGAGGAACUGCAGAUUUGCAAAUAUUUGGCCCACAAAGGAACUUGGAUCAGCGAUGCAGCUGGAUGUGUAGUUUGUAUAAAAGCGGCAGUAUUUGCUCACUGAUGCAGUUGGUCACUGAUUAGCACUCUACAGCGGUGUGAACUCAUGCCAAUAAACAUCCGAAGCAAUAUACCUGCAACAAGUCUGAAACGUUAUUCCUUUAUUUCCUGAUUUGAUGUAAUUUUGCCGAAUAAUGCAGCAGGAGGCCAUGGAGGCGGAGGGCUCUACUUAUAUGCUGGUAGAAACAUUGAGUGUUAUUUGGAAAAAUUAUCUUAGUACCGGCGAUGACCGCAAAGCUAAAUUACAUUGGAUGGAAUUAUUUCUGUUUUAUUUUCAAUACGUUGAAGAAGAUGCUUUACAGUCAGAAGUACUUAUAAGUUUGUUAAAUAAUAUUCCAGAAGAAACAACCUCAUAUCUCUUGGAGACAGUGUGCUGCAUCAUAAAUAAGUCUCACUUAUCAAUUUCUUCAUGUACAGCAGAAAGCAAUAGUACUGACCUAGUACAAGAUGAGAUAAGCAAACUCAAAAGCGAUGUGAAUUCCUUUCCGAACAAUAAAAGUUUUACACCGCUCAUACUAAAUGCACCGAGUGACUGGAGUAAAAUAGUUGCCCUUCGCAGCUUUCUUACACACAGUUUGGGUAAACAUUUGCUUCGAUUUUUAUUGCGUGUGGAUACCAAGCUCAUCGCUUCACAAAAAGGCCUUUGCACUUUAUGUAUCAAACUGUUCCCGAAUUGUAAAUGGAACACAGCAGAAAUUAAACUAGACUCUUCCCCCUCCAUAUUAACAGUCAUCGCUAAGAUUUCUCCAUUUCAGUGCCCAAACUUGCGAAUUAAUCGUACUACUACAAAGAAAUCACAAUUUGAAUCACUUUCAUCUCCACAAAUUGAGAAGGAACUUGAUGGUUUUAGAAGCAGUAUUGCUAGCAGUGAUGAAAUCGCUUUCUUGGUGAUACAACUAAUGUCAAAGUGCGUUUCAAAUGAAUGUGAGGAUAAUCUUAAUCCCCAAUCAAUAUCAGUGCUUUCAUUAAAUUUUGCAUUGGAAUGCUUAUGUGGCAGUGAUGAGAUGUAUAACACAGAGCAAAAUGCCGGCAAAAUUAAGUAUGAACUUCUGCAACUUAUAAUACGCUGCAUCAACAAUAUAUUUAAUGCUUCUUCCGGUUUAACCGCUGUACAAUUUCAAAACGUAUUCUCAAAGUUAGCCACCAUCUUACAAAAACAUGCUAUAGAAGUCGUAAACCCAAAGUCUGGAAAUUUUGACGAUAUCAGAGAGUCUGCUUCAAUUAAUUUUACCGUUGAAUUUCUAAGUGCGACCAACUAUGUACUGUUUUACAUCCUCCAAAAUAUCAUAAGUCACCUACACAAAUUGAAAAAACCGUAUCAUGAUUUGGGUAGCAAAAGCAGCUUGAAUGAUUUUAAGUUCGUUGAUGAAAAUGUGAUUGAUGUAAGCAUUGAAACAUUCCAAAAUGUGUUACAAAACCUAAACACCUAUACUGUUGGAGAUGCCGAAGCGUCAGUGCUCCUUAUGCUGACCUUCAAAGCACUUAUUAAAAUAAUAGAUCACCUUUUCAAGAAUGAUCAACUCGUUAUGAACAAUUCUAUUCACCCAAUCGGUGGUCACGCACGCAGAAGGCGCCACCUUUUUCGGCAGGUACAUUGCUGGUCGUCACAAGCACCAACAUUAAGCUGCUUCUUUCAAGGCACUUUACUAAAUUUGCUCUCUAAAAUCUCUCUAGAUAUGCAAGAGUACGCUGUACGUUAUUUAUUACGUAUUGGUAUUUGCUGCUGCCACUACACAAUAAAUACCUAUGCCACAUGCUUGGAUAUAGUUCUAGCUUUAGCUCCGAAAUAUCAAAAUUACAUUUAUAAAUUUUUGCAUCGUAAAAUACUCUGCACUAUUUUUUCUCAUGGUGGUCUCAAUAAACAUCAAGCAGAAAACUGUGCUAAAUGUGAUACAAAAUUAAAAUCGCCAGAGUUUCGAAAGGAAGUUUUGCAGCUCUACAAACAACUUCAUGAAAAACUCGUUAAUGGUAAUGAAGAAAUCUGCAAUAAAUUGACUGCACUUCAACUUUUGCUGAAGCAUUUAAAAUGCAUAUCAGAUACUUUGAACAGCGACAUUGCUGCAGGUAUUCUGGCCGAACUUAUUUUACCAGCGUUCCGUAAAUUUAAAUCGGAUAUACUGAAAAGCGGAAGGCAAUCCAUGAACAGAAACUCACCUAUCACUGCGUCAGCCGAUAAAAACGAUGAAACACCAGAUACCACAUUGAUUUGUUUCGGUAUUGUACAAGAUUGUUUGAAUAUUUUCGUUGCCUAUUUGGAAAUAGAUAUACGUUUAAUAAAAGCUUUCUACAACGAAGAAAAUAUAUCACAUUUAGAGGAUUUGUUUGGCGAACCGACACUAGUUCAUAGCAUAUGCGACCUCAUUAAAAUCGGCAUCGAUAAUAUGGCAUUUUUGGGGGAAAGCAGUAAAGAACAAACUGUGUUAAGCCAACGUCUCAUUAUGCUGCUAUUGAAAAGUGGUAGAGAGCACGCUUUGCAGUUCAAUGCACUACUCGACUAUUCAAAUAACUCAGCUGCUAGCAAAGAUAAGAAGGCAGAAGAACCAGACAUAUCACGUGCGCCCGAUAUUUUGUAUGCUGCCGCCUUACAGUGGUCAUUUACAUAUGAGCUAUUCCAAACAAGUCAGUGCUUCUUUAACGCCUUUUCGGCGAUAUAUAAUUUAAAUAAAAAUCAAGGUAUGCCCAUUGACCACGAUGAUUCAAAGCCGCAAUGUACAAGUGAACAGGAUUGCUCACCAAAUGCACUUUGUAACGACAAGGGGAUUGACGACAUUUUGACGCUAAACUAUAAUGCAUUGUGCACUUUUUUACAACUUUCACAACGAAAAUCUACGAUUGCCUCUAAACCCACACGCCCACAUUAUAACAUCAAUACAUCAACAUCACCCCCAAUACAAAGCCCAAUGUACACAGUAGACCCCGAAGCCAACAAAGAAGACUGUUGUUUGUCAAGUUCACUGGAAACUUUGCUCUCAAGCAUUGAGGUAGAUGCGAUGCAACAAACGGUAGACUCAGUUAGUUUAUCGAUUGCAUCGAAUGCGACAACAAUUGCCGGUUUAAACACUUCAUCGUUACAUGAAAUCCAACGCUUGCCGAAGGGUGAUAGCACUUCUCAAAUAAGUUUGCAUUUAUAUACAGAAGCUUUCAAUUUAUCAUUUUUGGAUACACUAAAACACCAUAAAUCAAUUCACUUUGAAGAUUUGUAUGCAACUGAGACGGAGAUUGAAGAUAACAUUGUAAUUUACGACGUUCGCAACCAGGUCAGUUCACAUGCUGUUCACAAUUCAGCAUUAUCCAUAACCUCAGCGACGUUAAACGCUUCCAGUGUGGGCACCACACUAGCCAACACAACUGUGUGGAACUGUGCCGCCGAUGCGCUUUCAACAUCAACGGUGGUAGUUGGGCCAGAAACUCGCGCAGCGGUACUAAAUAUUGGGACAAGCAUAAUCGGGAAAUUAUUUAGUGUUAUAGGUUCGAUUUUUGGUGGCGCUAGUUAUGCAAAUUCAGUAAGCGAUUUAAAUAACAGUACAAAAGAAGAGUGCCUAGAUGAAGGCAUCGAUCCGAUACUUAUUUGCUUAUUAGAAUCUAGUAGCGAUAGCAAAAGGUAUCUUCUACGAUUAUUCGAAGCAACAUUGGCAAUAGCAAUUAAAAGUUUUAAACAAGAAGGAGGUAAGUAACAUUUUAUUAGACUCCCUGAUAGUUAAAUUUAUAUCAAAGCAUCAAAGUAGGCCUUUGAUCUAGCUAAGCUGUUAUUAAAAUAGUAUAUAGCUAAUUACGCGUAAAAAUGCUGCUCGAAAAAAUAAGUUUUGACCCCCCGCAAAAAACGACUGCUUUCGAUUUGAAACCUCUCAUUAGGAAACUCGGAGUCAUCGUAGUUUGUGUACCAUCGUCGCUCUUUCAAGUACUACGCAUCUAGUGUAUCAAAUGCCAGUACCCUCAAGA